AUGUCAUCCACACCCACUUUUAAAGGAACCAUCAACCACAAAACGGUCGGCAGAGGCAGGCUGCCCGACUUUCAAGACAGUCACAUUCCUCGUCCUCGCCCGGACACCUCCUCCACUGUACACACCCCGCAGACCGCGUCCAGCGAUAUUGGAAGCAACACCAUGAGUGCUGCCAGCAGUCGACAGCGUCAAAAUCAGUCCAAGCGCGAUGAGGCGAUUCGGCGAAAAUUGGAGGCCGACCUCAACAAAAAGCGCCAACACACGACCAGAGCAAACCGUUCUCGCAAAGCUCCUCCCGGCACCGUUCUUGCUUUGAAACCCAGCCAAGCCCUGCAGAUUAAGCCUAAUACUACCAUUGCCGAAGCCGCCCAGUUGAUGGCCGCCAAGAGAGAAGACUGCGUACUGGUUACCGACGAUGAUGACCGUAUCUCUGGUAUCUUCACCGCGAAGGAUCUCGCUUUCCGGGUGGUGGGAGCAGGCCACAAGGCGCGUGAAGUCACGGUGGCUGAGAUCAUGACCAAGAACCCUCUUUGCGCCAGGACCGACACAAGCGCCACCGAUGCUCUCGAUCUGAUGGUGCGUAAGGGAUUCCGCCAUUUGCCCGUCAUGGAUGAGAAUCAGGACAUCUCCGGUGUGCUUGAUAUUACGAAAUGCUUCUACGAUGCGAUGGAGAAACUGGAACGUGCCUACAGCUCUUCCCGCAAACUCUACGACGCCUUGGAAGGUGUCCAGACCGAACUCGGCUCCAGCCAGCCCCAGCAAAUCAUUCAGUACGUCGAAGCUUUGCGGCAUAAGAUGUCCGGCCCGACGCUGGAGUCUGUCCUAGACGGCAUGCCCCCGACCACCGUCUCUGUCCGCACAACCGUCAAGGAAGCGGCUGCUUUGAUGAAAGAGCACCACACCACCGCCCUUCUCGUACAGGACCAGGGCUCUAUUACCGGCAUCUUCACCAGCAAGGACAUCGUACUGCGUGUCAUUGCUCCGGGACUUGACCCCGCCACUUGCAGUGUUGUUCGCGUCAUGACCCCUCACCCGGAUUUUGCCCCCAGCGACAUGAGUAUCCAAGCUGCGCUUCGGAAAAUGCACGACGGACACUACCUGAACCUGCCUGUUAUGAACGAUGCAGGAGAGAUUGUGGGUAUGGUGGAUGUGCUCAAGUUGACAUAUGCGACUCUAGAACAGAUCAAUACCAUGUCGUCACAAGACGAUGAGGGUCCCGCAUGGAACAAGUUCUGGCUCUCAAUGGACCACGAGUCAGACUCAAUGGUCUCAGGAAGCCAGCAGCCCGCUCAGCGGUCAGUGAUCAGCCCCGAGUCACCCAAGGCUAGUUAUGACACUCGGGACAGCGUUCUCCCCAACGAGUCUGCCUCCCACCACGGUGGGGAUGAGCAUUCGGAAUACGCGGAGCCGCACCAUGCGGAACACAUCUCGUUUCCGUUCAAAUUCAAGGCUCCCAGUGGACGAGUGCACCGCGUUAAUGUUCUUCCUGCUGCCGGUGUCGCCGAGCUGGUCGCUCAAGUAUCGGCCAAAUUGGGUCCCGAGGUAGAGGCCGUCGGCGGUGCUCCAAUCAGCGAAGACGGCAAGCUCAGCAACACGGGCUAUGCUCUCAGUUAUAUGGACAACGAAGGCGACACCGUUUCAAUCACCACAGAUCAGGAUCUGUCUGAUGCUGUGAGUCUCGCGCGUCUGUCGCAUAGAGACAAGGUCGAUCUGUUCGUGCACGAUCCUAGCCAGCCUCCAAUUCCGGCUACUCUGGAUCCUCAACCAGCUCCGACCCGUCCUGUCGAGGAGAAAAGUGUGAUCUCUGAGGAACGAACCGAGGAGGAGGUGCUAGUGGCCAAGCCCCCCCGGGCUCAGUCCUUCCCUGCACACCACGUCGAGGAGCAGUUCAUUGCCGGAGUUCCCAACGAGCUACUGUUGCCUGGAGCGAUUGUGACCUUGGCCGCGGUGAUUGCGGGUGUAUUCAUCCUAGGCCGGGCUACUUCUCGGUGAAUUCCAAGGUCGUGGUUGCGUACGAAGAUAGAAAGCUAUAUGUAAUUAUGUCUCUUUACUUUCCUGUUUGUCUAAUGUUUGUCAUAGCCCAUCUCGUAUCUGUGUAAUACUAUUGGCGAUCUUUCUGGAGAUUUCUCUCCCUUCUUCUUCUCUUCCCGGCUUGACCUCUCUCGACUUGAGGGUAUUGUUUGGCGCGAUGGUACCCUGGUCAAAGUGCGUGGUGUUAGAUUCCCUGAUUCACAUCCGCAUGGUGAAGUCUCUUUGGGCUGAGGUAGAUUUCACGAGCGAAUUGAAAAGAACAAGAACAAAGACGAGAAGCGGCUUGGAUUGCUGAGUGGACAUUGUAAUAUCAACCAAUGGAGGUAGUAAAUAGUACU